UUUGGAUAGUGUAAAGGCACGGGUUAACCGAACAACAACUACAGUGCGGAUGUCCACAUAAGUACGUACGUGAAGCACGGUCGCGCUGGCAAACCUUAGACUGGAACCGGGAAACGGGAACGACGACAACGGGGUGUAUCAAAUUAUCCAAACUGACUGUGCAACAUGACUUGCGGCCUCCAGUAGUGGAGCGGAAAGGGUAAAUAUGCAAACAGAUGGGUGAAGAUAUCUGUUACCUGGUGAAGCAAACACAACGGAACAAAUCAUAUGUAUACACUUGUGGUCGCAUUCGCAUUUGCAGGGGUACUUCACGCGUACGCGACAGUUUUACACGAACCGCGCGGUAGAAGCAGCGGUGAAAAUGACCGAACGUCUUCUUCGAUAGAUAUGUACAUUACCGCCGGUAGUGAUUUGAGUGAUUCGUUUUAUAAAAAAAAAACAUGGUUCUCGCUCAGGAUAACACGGCGUAAUCUUAUGGCGGGAUUACUGUAAACCAUGCCGAGCAACGGCGGCCAUUAGUCAUCGUCUAUGAAGAGGAUAGAAACUUCGCAUCCAGAGGACGCGGUGGGGAAGAUAGACUGCUGCUAUCGUGUCGCAGCUGUCAGUGAUAUCGUUCAGUGAACAAGGCAAAAAUACGCAGAUUGAUUGCGACUUGGUGGAAUGAGGUAUCAAUUCUUACUCUAAUCAUCUGGGGGACCUGACCUUCGCGUGUGUAUGUGUAUCGCCUGCCUGCAGGUGCUGAUAUUAUUUUGAAUUGUUUUAUAUGCCAUUUUUCGACAAUAAUUCCGAAUUGAACGAGGGUGGAAUAGUCGUCAGUGGUCGGAGAAUGAGAAAGUGCGCGUUUGCGGAUUUGUCAAUGAUUAAUCGAACGGAAGUUGGCAAAUCGUGAAGUGAUAAACGGUGUUGAAUAACGGAAAAGCAUACAACUUACAGUUUUUUGCAUAGGUUCGAACGGAAGCGCAUGUAACAUUAUGGCUUUCAAUUGUACGCUAUGUGGGAUGGGCCCGAGGGCUACAAUCCUUUUCGUCGCGGUAGUGUCAAUGGCAUUCGCCGGUACAUACACCUUUUUCUCUGUUUCUGGAAUCUUAGUACACAACUGCGAUGUCGAUUUGACUAGGUCUCCAGAAGCGUACGCUAUUUACCUGUUUUACCUUCGGUCUGCAUGUGGAGAGAUCAAUCUAACACACUUGGGCUUGCCAGACCCUGGUACCGACAUCAGAAUUGACGUUCCGGACGUUGCUGCUGCCUCUCAUAGGACAUAUAUUUUCUGCAUAAUCGGAGUGGCUCUGUAUGGGCUGUGGUUUAUAACUUCCAUCAUGAUGUUAGGAACAGCUUGUACACCUUGCAUGGGCCGUGGUUGCAUUGCAGUUGGAAUCUAUCCGUAUAUCAUUGUUCUGUUUCUCGUGCUAAUAUUCAGCGUGGUUACGUUCGUCUUUUAUCUUAUUGAUUUUAUUGGAAGUUUCGACCUGGACUUCGUACUUGAUUUACUAGAAAUUGAAAACGCGGAGGCUGUUCGAUCUUAUUUCGAGCAGAUAGAGAGCAUAUAUCUAGUUGUGCCUUCGUUGCUAUUGUGGCUAACUGCUAGUUUUGGAGUUUUGUUUUGGUUUAUGUUCCUGAUUUUUGCCUUUGUGAUGCUCGGAACUGCAAGUCGCUUGUGGCAUGAAAACAAACCAGCUCCUUCCUAUAAUAACGUUACCCAAGCACCCAGAACUAUGAUAGUGGCGAAUCCUUCGACUGCUGAAAUGAGAGAAGAACCAAGGCCACCGUCCAUAAAUCUAGCGGUUACGGCCGCACGAUACGAUGAUACAUCUAGACAACUAAACGAUCAGUUACCAUACAACGAAAUUUCGCCAGUUAAUGUCAAUGUUCGGCGUACCGUAGAGCCCUUAAAGAGUGGCCACGAGCUUCCGCACGAGCAUGAAACUAAUAAUUACCCUAAUGCUCCUUCGAGCCCACUACGAACAAAUUCGAUGAUCAAUCCGUACACGGAUAAAAGAUUCACUUAUUUACCUGGUAACCCACAACCAUUCUCCUAUCUAGCUGGUCCUCCUCAAAUAAGUCCACGGAAUUCUACUAAUGUCCCAACGGAAGUACGAGGACAACUACCGUGGUCGUACUUCAGGGGUGUUCCAGACCAAGGACCAGUGCCAAGACGGGCAACGUCUACCCUUAGUGAUCACAAAGAUUUCCCCGGCGAAGAGUACAGAUCGCCAAUGACCAAACCAACAGCUCCAGACGAUCGUUCCAGUGAUGAAGGAAAGUGGAGCGGACCAGAGUAUAGGUAUUAAUCGUGCAAUAAAAAGAAGUAGAACCAAAGAUGCCAUUACCGAACUGUUAUAUCAAGUGUUAGUAUUAUUUGAUUUGUAAAUAAUUGUUAACAUGGGCUGACACUGCAGAGCAGUGUGUGCUAAUUUAAACGACCGCACUUGAGUGAAAAACGAUCGUAGCGUAAAUAAAAAGAUUAUAUAUAAUUAA